UACAUGGGAAAACAAAUUCAGAAGAGCAGCCUUUUUCAUUAUUUUUAAUAAAGAAUGUGCUUUACCCGUUUUCUCUGAUCUGAGUUCAAGAAUUUGAGAAAUCUGAGGCCCCAUCCCAAAUGUCGGCUUCGACCGUAUCCAUCACGGCGAACCCGGCGGUUCGGCGUCGACCCGUGGUGUCGACCGAGAGGAAGACCACUAACAUCGAGUUACUCGGCCUCAACGAAGCUGCUGCGCCCCAACUUAGUCCCAACGGUCCGGCGGGAGGUGACGAUGUAGGUGCUGCCGGAAACGGCAAGGAUCUGAGCAACCACUCCAUUCGCGGUGAGAGAUCGUCCAAGGAAUUGGCGCAGCAGGUGAAGAAAUCCCUGGGAAACAACAAUAACUCCAACGUGCCUCUUCGCCGCACUCGCAAGGCGCUUCCUCACAAGGCGGAGCACCCUCGAUGGGUCACCGUUCUCAGAGUGUUCGCCAAGAAUUUCGUCCUCCUUGUUGUCCUCGCCGGCCUGGUUCACUUGAUUCGUAGACUCGCAGUGAAACCUGGGGAGACCGUGGCGGGAACUGAGAUGGGAUUUUCCGAAUUAGAGGGGAGGAUUGCGGAAGUGGAGUCCUUCAUGAAGACCACCGCCAAGAUGAUCCAGGUCCAAGUUGAGGUCGUGGACCGCAAGGUAGAGAACGAGAUCGGGGGGCUAAGAAGGGAAACUAAGAGCGAGUUGCAGAGAUUGGAAAUCAAGAGCGAGGGAUUGGAGAGGUCCUUAGGCGAAUUGAAAGCAGUUGAAUGGUUAUCGAAGGAGGAAUUUGAUAAGAUAUAUACGGAUUUGAAAAAGACCAGGAGUAAAGAACAUGGAGAUGGAGAUGUGAAUUUGGACGAGAUAAGAGCAUACGCGAAGGAGGUGAUUGAGAGGGAGAUAGAGAAGCACGCGGCGGAUGGGCUCGGUCGCGUGGAUUACGCCCUGGCGGCUGGCGGGGCGAUGGUUGUGAAGCACUCGGAGCCGUUUUUGGUGAGAAAGGCCAGUAACUGGUUCUUGAAUGGUGCCAGAGAUUCUGUUCGUACCAAUGCCGACAAGAUGUUGAGACCAAGUUUCGGGGAGCCCGGUCAAUGUUUUGCGUUGAGUGGGAGCAGUGGCUUUGUGCAGAUUAGGCUGCGCACGGCUAUUGUUCCUGAGGCUGUUACUUUGGAGCAUGUUGCUAAGAGUGUCGCAUAUGACAGAUCCAGUGCUCCCAAGGACUGUAGGGUCUCUGGAUGGCUGCAAGGGCAUAAGAUAGAUGCGGCAGUCGAUACUGAGAAGCUGUUUCUUUUAGCAGAGUUUACUUAUGAUCUCGAGAAGAGCAAUGCUCAAACCCUCAACGUCUUGGAAUCAGUGGGCUCAGGCAUUGUUGACACCAUCAGGCUUGACUUCACGUCGAACCAUGGAAACCCUUCCCAUACUUGCAUUUAUCGCUUCCGGGUCCAUGGUCGGGAGCCCAACUCUGUUUCAACAAUGGAAAUGCAGUCUUGAUGCAGCAACGCAGGCGGCAUAUGUGUCCCUCUUUUUGUAGGCAUCUGUGUCUCUCUUUUUGUAAUUGUUGUUCCUACUUCCCCAUAUUCUUUAUUUAGAUGUAGUGUCAAAAAUUCCAACUUUCUAGUUACAAGUCAUAGACUCUGCAUAGAGAGGGAAAAAAAAAAAAAAACCCUAGAUAGAGACAUCUAGUCAUCCGUGUUUAAAGUUUACUAUUUCCUCGUAUUAGUGUUCAUCAAAUAGAUGUGUAUCUUAUCGUAUGAUUUCUGACUAGUUAUGAAGGAGCUUAUAUAUUACAUUA